AUGGAUACAACCAAAAUAUUGCUGUGUAGGUAUGUAUCGCAGGUUCUUGUUGUGAGGAUAGCUGGUGGCAUUCGAUUGGAGCAUGUUUUAAGAAAGAUUUGUGAUAGAUGGAACAACUUAUGCAUUGGUAGUUUCUCAUUGUCAUAUGUGUUGGAUGGGAGUGAUUGUGAGCUUGACAAUGAAGAAUCUUUUGAUAAUAUAUUGUAUUUGUAUCCUACUACUGAUAGAAUAGAUGCUAAGGUUGAGGUGAUUAAAUCUUGUAGUGGACAAACGGUUGGAAGUAUUAGUAGUGGAGUAGAAGUUGGUAGUUCUAGUGGUGUUGUCGCUGUUGUUGAAAGAGAAGAACCUUUGGAGGAAUUUUGUCGCCAUGCUGAAACUAGGUACUUGACAACGGGUUGGGCCAACUUGAUAUAUGAGGUUGGGCAAGUAUUUACUGGUGGUGUGAAGGAGUUUAGGGCAACUUUGCAGCGAUAUGCUAUUGAAAAUGGUUUUAUGUAUGAUCUUGUUAAAAAUGACAAGUAUCGUGUGACUGCAAAGUGUUCGAUUUCUAGCUGUGGAUGGUAUGUGCAUGCCAUUUUGGAUCGCUCAAGCAGAGAGUUUUGGAUUAAGAAAUUGGUAAACGAGCAUGAUUGUGGUUCAACCUAUCGAACGAAUAAACAUAAACGGGUGACAUCUAGUUUAGUUGCUAGUGAGGUUACUAGUAUGGUUCAGAAAAAGAAUAACACAUCACCUAUGGAUCUGUUGGAUUUGUUUCUGGACAAGUACGGUUUGGAUUUAUCAUACCACCAUGCAUGGUUAGGAGUGGAGAAGGCUAGGGGGGAAAUAUUUGGAGACUAUGAAAGUUCAUUUGAUAAGUUGAGGUGGUAUGUUGAAGCUACCAAAAUUGCAAAUCCAGGGAGCUUAUUAAAGCUUGAAGUUGAUCCUGUCAGCAAGGAAUUCUCGAGGCUCUUUAUGUCAUUCAAUGCAUGUAUCACAGGGUUUAAUCAUUGUCGACCAUUCCUUUGCCUUGAUGGGACACAUCUCAAAGGCAGAUUCAAGGGGUGUCUUCUUGCUGCCACAGGAAAAGAUGCAGAUCAAGAUACUUUUUUUUUAUUUCCCCUAGCGUUUGCUAUUGUGAAUGCAGAAAAUGAUUGUAAUUGGUUGUGGUUUCUUCGGAUUUUAAAGACUAUCUUGUCUACACGGCCUAUUACUUUCAUUAGUGAUCGCAACCAUGGUCUCGUGAGUAACAUACCAACUAUUUUUCCUGAUUAUCAUCAUGCUUACUGUUUGUAUCAUCUUCAAUUCAAUUUGAAGGAUCACUUCCCUGGACGGUUUCGACAGGGUUAUCGAAAUAGGUUGGUUAAAUUGUUUAAUGCUAUAGCUUAUGCUCCAUCGGUAUCAGCUUAUAUAAUAUGUGAGGCUAAGUUCUACGAGCAUGGGGGAGAUAAGGCCAAGACGUUUAUUGCAAGUGUUCCAAAAUAA